CCUAUCAGGAGGACUCUGAUGGCCUGUCAGUGGUGAGCAGCUACUGUGAUGUCAGCGGAGAUCAGCUGGGUUACGAGGAGAGCUCCUUGUGCAUCCUGAGCCCUGACUGUGACCUCUACAUCUGUGACGGAGACGACGACAGCACUGACAGCUGUCGGAACCAGAGUGUCUACGCUGAUCUCAGUGGCUCCAUCAGUGCAGAGGACGACUACCUGCCUCUCCGGCACCGCUCAACACACAUCACCAUGACCCGCCUGGACCCACCACCCCACCGAACCAACCCCAAAGCCUGGAUGGAGGAGGACAACAGCAGGGGCAGGAUUGGCAGACACUCAGGGUUAAAAGAAGAAAGGAAUCGUGAAAGUGGCUACUUCUCUCUGGGGAGGGCGAAAGGUGCCCGUUCUCUCAGGGAUCAGAGCCCCCCUCCCGUUUACCGCCAUUCAGAGAGGGGACACCCCCUCUACAGCAACCGGAGCCCUGAGCCCAAAGAUACCAUCCCCUUCAGGAACCCUAACCUGGGGCUGGCCUCAGAGAGGUUAAACCCAGAGAUACUAAACCCAGACCUGCCUCUGGAAAUCCCUGAACCUCCUGACGCAUUUGAUCUCACCAUCGAGGUUGAGGCUCAGGUGGGCCCUCGCUCCCCAAGCCCCACCCCUUUUAAAAUAGCAGAAUCCCUGGCCUCCACUAACCGGAGGGGUUUCAACAGCUCAUACAGUAGAAGAAACUCCCCUUCCUAUCAGGAGUCUGGGAAGUUAAAUGCAUCGAGACAAAGCUCCUCUCUGUCUCGCUCCUCUUCACCCUUACGAAACACCUCCCCAUUCAAACAAAGUGAAUGUACCACCUCCCUCAACAGACGGGGCUUAGACUCUGAGGGCUGGUCUCAGGGGUGGGACCAGACUUCUAGAGGUCCCCCCCAGAGCUCUUUUGGACGAGGUGUUGAUAUUAGAGGCUUGAAUAAAAAUGUUAAAUCGAUGGCCAGUUCAGUUAGUUCCAUAUCACAGGUCAACUCUGUUUCAGAUUUUAAAAGUGCAUUGCGCAAGAAUGAGGCAGACAGCUCCUUAAAUGGUCGUGGACGUGACACACGAAGCUCCGCCCCUUCAAGGGGGGGUUACGAAAGCCCCAGACAAUCCCUGGUCCGCAAAUCUGAAACAAGUAACUCCUUAAAUGGCCGUGACAGCAGAAGCUCAUCUCCCUCAAGAAGGGCUUAUGACACCUCCAACCAAACCCUGCUUCGCAAAUCUGAUGGGAACAGCUUGAUAAAUGGUCAUGGUCGUGAAAGUCGCAAUUCUUCUCCCUUGAGGAGUUACGAUGCCACCAGCCAGUCCCUCCUUCGCAAAUCUGAAACGAACAGUUCUCUCAAUGGUCAUAGUCGACACGGCGGCCGGUGUGGCUCUCCCAUUAGGGAGGGUUAUGAUGCCGAAAGACAAUCUCUGCGGAAAUCAGCUUCUAGGAAUGACUUAAAUGUUUAUGCCUAUGAAAGUGGUAGCUCUUCACCUUCUAGACGUGGCUUUGACACUCCUUGUCAAUUCCUGCUAUACAAAAGUGAGACACGUGGCUAUGGAAAUGGUCGAGACAGUGGAAGCUCCUCUCCCUCUAGGAAAGGAUAUGAUGCCCCUAGCCAGUCACCUCUGCGCAAAAGUGAAUCCAACAGCUACCGGAAUAGUCAAGGUCGAGACAGUCGAAGCUCCUCCCCUUUGAGAAAGGGAUAUGAUCCCCCUGGCCAAUCACUGCUUCGUAAAUCUGAGACGAACAGCUCUGUCAGAAGUCAAAGUCGUGAUCGUCCUACCCCCUCUCCCUCUAGGAGAGGCUAUGAUGCCCCGAGCCAGUCAUCACUGUGCAAAAGUGAAUCCAAAAACUUUCUGAAUAGUCAACGUCGAGACAGUCGAAGCUCCUCCCCUUUGAGAAAGGGAUAUGAUGCCCCUGGCCAAUCACUGCUUUGUAAAUCAGAGACGAACAGCUCUGUCAGAUGUCAAAGUUGUGGUAGUCGUAGCCCCUCCCCUUCAAGUAGGGGCCAUGACACCCCCGGCCAAUCACUACUGCACAAAUCUGAGAAGAGUGGGGCCCUCAGCGGUCGGAGCGGUGACAGUCACAACUCCUCACCAUCCAAAAGAGGCAAUGACCCACCAGGUCAGUCACUCUUCAGGAAAACCACCAGUGGUGGUGACUCCAGCCUCUCUUACCAGAGAAAAAAGAGUUACGGUGAUGCUUGGCCUGACUCUAACCCCUCCCCUGGCACCUGGCGAGGCUCCACCCACUUCCUACAUAGCACCUCCCUAUCCAGGGAGGGCAGAGAGAACGAAACAUCUGCCCCCUCUCAGAGGGCCUCUGCUGUCACUUGGGAAACCACUAGGAGUAGCAGUAGUAGGCAGGGUCUGGAGACUCGUAGCUCCUCCCCAAACACAAAAGGAUUGACCAACCACAACCUAAGUCCCUCCCCUCAGAUGCAAAGGCACACCUCGUCCCAGAGUUCCAUGGAGUCCUCGGAGUCUGGCCAGUUGUCGGGGGAGUCAACGGAGAGGAGUAGGGAGGAGUACGCCAUGAUGGCCGAUCUACCAAAGGUCAAGCCUGUCCUCCAAAGGGAGCAGCAUGGUCAUGUUGGACAGACUCCAAACCGACCCUCAGGGAGACAGGAGCUCUUCAAACCAGCAAGCCACUCCCUCUCCAAGCAUCCCUCCAGAGAGUGGCUAGAUGACUCAGGGGACCUAGAGAGAAACCACAUAGAAUGGCAUAAUGGCAGCAGUGGUAGACUGUCUCGAGUACACUCGUCCACCUCUAUGCACAUGCAGAGGCCCAGGAGCCCCACUAUAGAGGAGGAGGCCAGUCCAUGGAGGGCACAACAUAGCUCUUCUUUGGAACAAAUGCAGCCCGACCUCCUUAACUUCAAGAAGGGAUGGAUGUCAAAACUGGAUGAGAAUGGAGAGUGGAAGAAGCACUGGUUUGUGUUGACCGAUGCUGGUCUGAGGUACUACAGAGACUCUGGGGCGGAGGAGAAGGAUGAUCUGGACGGGGAGGUUGACCUGAAGUCUUGUGUAAAAGUGUCUGAGUUUGAUGUAGAGAAGAACUAUGGAUUUCAAAUACAGACGAGGGAGGCAGUUGUCACACUGUCAGCUAUGACUGCAGGGAUCAGGAGGAACUGGAUUGAGGUUCUGAGGAAGAGUGUUCGGCCCAGCAGCUCUCCAGACCUUACACAACUGCCUGACAGCAGUAGUGACAAGGAGAACUCUCGCUCCCUGGCCUCCACUCGUCGACCACCUUCUCGCCACGGUGAUGCUGGAUCAGAAUUCACCACCUCCACUGUACGCCGAUUUGACUGUGUCGAGCUGUCACCAGUGCCUGUCCCCUCCAGCCCUCUGCCAGCCACUCAGAGAGAGGCAGGGGAGGGGCAGGGCAGGGAACAUGCCCAAUGGCAGGAGGAGAGGAGCAGAGAUGUGACCAGUAGCACAUGGGAGCAGGUGCUGUCGAGGAAAGUGCCGGCUGUAGGCUCAGACCCCAGGAUAAGAGCAGAGGAGGAAAUUGAGAGAAAGUGGUUAGAGUUUGAGCGGCUGCCACUAAAGGAGAUGAGGUCACUACUGCCAAUGGGCUCACGGUCCAGCCAUCCAGCCAAUGAGGCGCUGCAGAGGGAGGUGGCGUCUCUGAGGCAGCAGCUGGAGCGUUUGCAGGGAGGAGGAUGGGGUGGGGGGAGGGUGGGGGGGGGUAGCUGUGGUCGGGAGGCAACGUGCGGCCGCAGCCUUCAGGCCAUGGAGCGGGCCCACAAACGGGCCCUGGAGGAGCUGCAGAAGCAGCAUGCCCGCGAGACCCGAGAGCUGGAGAGGGACAGGGACCGGGUGCUGAGGGAGGAGACCCAGGACACAGCACAAGUUAUGGAGACACUGAAGAAGGCCCACAGGGAGGAGCUGGAGAGAGAGGUGGAGAAGGCAAAGAGGCUUGGUGGAGGGAGUGCCAACACACAGACUCUACGCUCACAGCAGCAGUUAGAGACCCAGGCCCUGCAGAGGGAGCUGUCCGGCCUGUCUGAGAGGUACUCCCAGAAGUGUCUGGAGCUGAACAGGGCUGAGCAGAGCAACGGGGAGAGGGAUAAAGACAUCACUCACAAGGAGAGCGAGCUGGAGCAGCUGAGGAAAGAGAACCAGGACCUACAGGCCCGUUUGACAGAGGAGAUCAGCCGCAUGCGCUCCAUCGUCACGGGCCAGGGGUUGGAGGGCGUUUCCCACGACAACCAGGACAGGCUGUCCUGUGAGCUGGAGGUUCUUCUCAGGGUGAAGGAGAAUGAGGUGCAGUACUUGCACAAGGAGAUCAGCUGUCUGAGGAACGAACUUCAGUUCCUGAACACGGAGAAGCAGUCGGCCUGUGAGCGGUAUAAAGAGGUGCACGGGGAGCUGGGUGGUAUGAAGAGCAGGAGUGAGCGGGAGAUCCAGAGCCUUAGGGAGCACCUGAGAUUGGCCAUGGUUGCCCUGCAGGAGGGCCAGAAACUAGGCAACAGCCUGGAACACUGAGAGACCGCCACAAGGGCUCUAGCUCAGAGACACAGAGUUGUGUGGGCACAAUGGUGACUGAAGUAGGAGAGGAGCAGAAGUCUUCGCACCAGAAGAUGCCGGCUCGGGGACCACGAUAGUGCCUUAGCUUUCAAUCAUUCAGCCAAUGAGUGGCAUAAACUAGUAUCAGCUGAUCGGUCAUAUUACACUGGGUCGCGCAAAUUUUAAUCUGCACUUUUUAAACUUUUUCUAUUGUUGAUGUGCGAGAGUGAGUGAAUGAAAAUAUUGGUCUGAGAAACUGGAUUAUUUGUGUAAAGACUGUUGCUGUGAUGUAUUUGUGACCUGAAACAGCACUGGAUUACCCUUCUCUGCAUACCUACCUACAUGUAGACCUACUAUUUACAUGUUGACAGUAGCCAACAUAUAAACAGUCGGUCAACAUGUUGGCUACUGUCAAAAGCUGAAUAAGGAAGCAGGAUAUAAUUCUCGCCAAAAACCAAACUAUUUUCAUUUCAGAGCAUGGAUUUGUACAUACUAAUGAGUCAUUCCAUGCCAUUUCAGCAAGCCAAGACACCCACCAUCUCAGAUUGUUCUGAAAUAGUUUCUGUAGUUGGCAAUGGGUAAGAUUGACAUUCCUGAAACAUUUUGUUGAAACUUAGUUUGAUCUCUGAGAAAGGUAAGGGAUUGCACCCAAAUUGGCCAUUUUUUUAUUUAUAGGAUUCAGAUACUAUUCAAUAUAGUAUCCAACCUCUGAUUGGGACCAAACAUCUUCCUACUAAUGAGUAAGACAUGAGGAAUCUCAUAACAUUGUAAAAACCCACCACACCCUAUGUCUGUCUGUUUUAACAAGUAGUAUAAAGCUGCGGCUUGGAGUACUUCUCCAUGAAUGAAUCUGGUGAUUUUUUUUCUCUCUCUCCACGUUCAGAGAAAUUAAUAAUUGAAGUCACUUGCGUUAUUUACCAUAAAGUAGUUUGAAAGUACUAGGUUUUGACCUUUAGAUGCCGUGGUCCUACUAUACUGCCGCACUCUUAUAUAUAGGGUUGUCACAUUUUAGUCCCUAGCCCAUUUCUCCAUCAAAGUUUUGGACAUGUAGAAAAAGUGUUCAUAUGAGAAUUGCACCAUAGGGAUAGCCCUUUCAGAAAGCUGCCACUUGUUGGAAUAUUCAAGCAACUUGUUGAACAUAACUGAAACUAUACUGUUUGUUGGGGUAGUAUUGGCAUUUGUUGGUGUCUUACUCAUUGGUAGGAAGAAGUUAAUUCCAAUUUGGGCGCAAUCAAUAAAAUCAUGAGAUUAAAUUAUAUUUAAACUAAAUGUUUCUGGAAUGCUAAUCGUAUCUCUGACUAACUACAGAAACCAUUUGAGACGGUGGCGUUUCAAUCUUUUUUGUGCUUUUUGAGGUGGAACGACCUUAAUGUUGUACGUGAACAAUGCUUGCUCUCGGUGAUUGUCAUUGUACGCAUUUUACUUCGCAAACCUAUUUGUCGCUUUAUUCAGUGUAAUAUCAUCUUACAAUGUGGGUCUCUAUUGUGAACAAUAACUAUUUACAUUUGGGAUUGACACAGAGAAAGUGGUUUGGAACUGUAAAAUCCUGGGAAGCCAAAUUGGAAAUCGCACUCAUUCCUCCAGUGUGUAGAUGUAAGUCAUCUGAAUGUGCUUUUUGUUUUAUAUAGUGCCUUCUGUGACUGGAUAAUUGCUUGUAGAAGUUCGAUGAAAUGUUGUCGUCUCGCAAGGAUUCUUGAUAUUUUUUUUAUGAGGCUAAGAAGAUGCAUGUUGCGAUCCUUUCCCAACAUUGUGUAGGCAUGAUUGAUUGUGCCACAAAAAUGUGUAGUGUUGCGUCAAUGAGCCAAUGUUUUUUAUCUUGUAUUUUUAGAGAUAAAGUAGACUGUCUUUUGACAAUGUUUUUAAUAUUUAAUGUAGGGCAUGCGAUAUCUUUGUAAAGUACCAUCCUUUUACAAGCAAUAAAAUGCAUGUUAAUACA